UGCUCUGCUCUGCUCUGCUCAGCUCAGCAUUGAAGUAAACUAAUAAAACACAAAGCGUACAGCCAAGUUUAUUCCUCUUCUCUCCCUCUCAACAUCCAUUGAUGACUUCUAAAGUGUUUGAUUAGGUAUCUGAUUCGAUUCUCCCCCUCACCUAAACCUCUCUCUCUCUCUCUCUCUCUCUCUGAGCCAAAGACAUGAACCGGGUCUCUCCCUGCAUGGGCAGCUGGUGAGGAAGGAUCAGCUUAAGAGAUAGACAUAUGUGAAGGUUUGCUACUGAGAAACCUCAUGGAAGAAAAGCAGUUGGACUUCAAUCAGCCACUCCUCAGUGUGAGGCGAUACUCGGCAACUCCUGGGCCGGCAGAAGCACAGGAGCGAAGAAGGAAAGUUGUUAGCUCACUACACAAAUUGCCUCCUCUGCCAACUUAUAAAUCAGAACUGAAAUCAGGUCCCAUUAGAAAUCCUGGGAAUGUUCCGUUUGUAUGGGAAAGAAUUCCUGGAAAACCAAAGGAAGAAAAAGAAUUGCAUGACCAUACGGUUGUUGAAUGCCCUCCGGCUGCUCCGAAGCCCCCACCUGGAAGGAGUCCGAAAACCGAACUCAAACAUCAGGAUUCAGACAAGGAUUGCAUAGUAGUCACAGGUGUAGACCCACAGAGAAGUAAUAAGACUCAGUCAGUCGCUCAGGAAGCGACCAAACAUGGGCCUAAACAUGAGGAAGAGAUCGGGGAUAAAGGGGGUUCUAGUUCGGAGGAAGGUGAUGAGGCUUUCUUAGAUGCUAGAGACACGUUCUCCAGAUCAGAUUCGUUCUUCUUGAACAGCAGCGUGAUCAGUGGUUUGUGUGGAUUGGAUGGUCCAGAUUGGAAGUCAUCAGAGGGGUUUAAUGCCGAUCCAGGGGCUUGGGACUUCAUGAUGAGCCGGUUCCUGCCUGCUGCCAAAGCGAUGGCAUCAGAGAUGCCUCAUCACACAUCUAGGAAGCCCCUACCCGUCGCUCAAGAAAUUCCUAGACCGAAAAAGUUAUCUGAUAAUGUGGUAAAGGAAGAUUGUCCUGUUGUUGAUCAAGGUAGGCCUAAAGUUCCAUUAAGAUACAUCCUGAACGAGUUCCGGGAAGAAAGUGAAGAUGAUGACUGGGACGACUAUGAGAAUACACCAGCUAAAGUCUGCGGGUUAUUGCCCCGCUUUUGCAUGUUAAAUCCAGUUCCAGGGAUAAAGACUAUGCAGCCUCCCAUGCCUCAUUCGGCUCGAAGAGCGAGAGGGAAGUCUUCAUACAAGGAUUCCGUUGCAGAAAACAGGACCAAGAGAGCACCCUGUGAGGAGCUAAAGGAACGCAGGCUCGACUCAGGAAGCAAAUUGGGUGAAGCUAGUUCUGGAGAAGAUGGCGACAACUUAGAAGGAUCGAAUCUCUACAAACAGUUGCAGGGUAAUGGCCAGAUUCUUAACCGGAAGGAAGUUUCUCUUCGAGCUGCUUUCGAAGCAGAAAAUUCAGUGGGGACAGCUGCUGGGAAACUCAACGAUUCGUCUGUUGAUGGUAUGUUCAAUCCUCUGGAAAGACGAUGCAUGAACUUCCGCGAACUAUUGGCCAGUGAGGGCAGUGGAUGGGAAUCACGUUCAACUGGACCUGUAGUUGAGAAAACUUUGUAUGUGGAUUCUGUCCAUUUGGUGAAGUCUCGGAACUCGGAUACUUGUUCUUCGGACUCAAAGGGCCUAAACAAUCAAGAUGAUAACGCUGCAGCUUUGUUGAAGUCUUCGUGUCUGGAAACUAAGCAUCAGUUUGAUCUCCCAAAUGAUGUGUUGAUUGAAUCGGAACCGAAAAAAAUUACCGACUUCUCUCCGUUGCCUUCUGAUAAAUCUGAUUGUGAAGCACAGAUUGACCCAAUCAUAUCUUCCACCGACGACCGACACCUUACUGUGGAAGCCAAAGCAAAGAACUGCGGAGAAGCUUGUGGUGAUGGGAAGAUUGAUCUGGAUAGCGAGUCGGCUACAAAAGUGGAAGGGCGACAAAUUUCCUUGAUCAGCAACUCGAAGUUUCAUCUUCCACCUCCCUUACCAAAAUCUCCUUCAGAUUCAUGGUUGUCACGGACUCUGCUUGCUGUUUCCUCCAAGAACUCAGCUUCUUCUAAGACUCCUUUGGGCACAAAUAUUGUUUCGAGCAGAAAAGCCGUCCUUUCCAAGUCGCCUCCGAUUGAAACCAAAUGGGAAACCAUCGUGAGGACUUCCAACGUACACUACGGCCAUUUACGGUCCUCCAAGGAGUUGCUCCCACCAAUUCCAGAUGCUUGAAGGUCGAGGAUCUUCUUCUCAUCGAUGGUAUGUUUUCCUCAAGCACGUCCAACUCCCCAAAUGCAUACAAAUAAUUCGGAGAACUUCAUUUCUGGCGAGCCUACAGCUUUGUUUACGUGUACAGUCGGGAAACUGUAAAUCAAUGCCUCCUACACUGAAAUAAAUCAUAGAAACAGAGAGUCCCUUCUUGUAAAGAUCGUCGAUCUUAUGGAAUAUAUAUUUGCAGUGGACUUACGAUAUUCAUAAUUUUCGUUCCGAAUUCUCUCCAUAUCUAUGAUACACGACAACGAGUAUUUAUUUUGA